AUGAAUGGUUUUACUUUGGCAAAGAAGAUUGUGGAAACAGACUGCAUUCGCUUCAUGAGGAAAUGUCAUCAAUGUCAGAUUCAUGGUGAUUUGAUUCGAGUUCCACCGAAUGAACUCAAUGUGAUGAGUUCUCCUUGGCCGUUCGUAGCUUGGGGCAUGGAUGUCAUCGGUCCUAUUGAUCCAGCCACGUCAAAUGGACACAGGUUCAUGUUGGUAGCUAUCGAUUACUUCACAAAAUGGGUAGAAGCAUCCUCAUAUAAGUCAGUGACAAAGAAGGUGGUGACAGAUUUUGUUCGCAAUAACAUAGUUUGUAGAUUUGGCAUCCCCCAUUCGAUUAUAACAGAUAAUGGAGCUAAUAUCAAUAGUGGUUUGAUGUAUGAGAUAUGUGAUAAGUUUAAAAUCAUUCACCACAAUUCCACUCCUUAUCGACCACAGAUGAAUGAAGAAGUUGAAGCAGCCAACAAGAAUAUCAAAAGAAUAUUGCGGAAGAUGAUUGAUAAUUAUAAGCAUUGGCAUAAAAAUUUUCCAUUUGCCCUCCUCGGCUAUCGCACCACAAUUAGGACUUCGACUGGGGCAACACCUUAUCUUUUGGUUUAUGAAACAGAAGCAGUAUUACCAAUGGAAGUUGAGAUACCAUCCCUGAGGAUAAUCCAAGAAGCUGAGUUGAGUGAUGCCAAAUGGAUACAAAGUUGA